CGUCGAAGAGACUUUGAAACACCAUUAAGUGCGGAUAUUUCAGGAUGUGACCUCCAAAACACGCGAGGAGGAGUUCUAUCGAGGUCACGCGCACACACGGAGACGGUGUUACAUCAAUUCAUCUUUCACGACACUUAGUACACAAAUCUCAUAGAUUUUACCGACGAAACGACCAUGGAUUCUCUUCCUCUGCAUGUCUUCAUGAAUAUCAUGGAAAGAGUUCACUGGGUCGACUACAUGCGAUGUAAGUUAGUCUCUCAUUCUUGGAACUCCAUUCUCAGGAAUCCUCUUCUCAGAAGUCAGUCUUCGGUGGCACUUUCUUCUUGCGAGGCAGACGGGCCGUGUUUGGUGGUCACCAUCAGAAAUCACAUUAUUGUCAGAAGAGCUCCCAGCAUUUCGCAUCGUCCGGUUUCUGGCAGGAAGCGAUGGAACCAGCUCCCAUUAAUAAGUCCGAGCUCACACCCUACUUUCGCCCAAUGGAAGUUGAUCGCCACUACAAAUGGUCUAUUUCUCAUGUCCGCAGUACACGAUGAGCGCAAGUAUCUCUUAUGCAACCCAGUCACCAGAAGAGUCGAAGAAUUGCCUCGUGUACCAAUACUGUUAGUGAGUGCUGAGCUUCAGAUGCCUGGAACAUUCAUCUUGAAGACUGUGGAAAUGGUGACUCCAAUGGGAACUGGCGGUACGGAAUCCAGAUCUUGGCCGAAGGUGAUGGCUUUCGAGCGGUAUUCUGCUGGACGAGGAUCUGAUAUUCUCAAUAUGUGGAGGUUUCUACAAUACAAUGAUAAGUCCAAGUGGCAAGUGGUUUCCAUGAUCUACAACUUUACUAUCAAACUCAAGGAAGUGACCACGACCGUGAGACUUGUACCCGAAGGUGAUGAUGUCCACAUCCAUACACGAGAAGGAACUCAAGAAUUGCAGCUGGAAGAGAAGGAGAUCAAGCUCAGAAACUGUGCGACGGUGGGAGGAGAGACAUUCAUCCUCUUGACUUCUGUAAAAGGACCAAGCCAAACUCCAUACUCUCACAACACCGGAGUUAUCGGAUCCAUGGAGCAAUGGUACGGCAGUGUCUUGUUCAGACUCAGGCCAUACAGUCUUGUAGAAGUCUCGUUGAAUCACCUCGACAUGUCUCCAUAUCUUCAAUUGUUCCAACAUGGGGGAAGCUUAUACAUAGUGAGGGGAAUGGCUAGAAGGAACUCAAAGGUGGAUAUAUGGAAACAAAACUCGGACGGAGGUUCGUGGGAUGAGGUGACUACGAUGCCAGACCUUCUGGCAGAAGAACUGUACAAGCUCAUGCAACCCGAAGAACUUUUUCGACUCCAGGCGGAAGGGGAUUAUGUGUGUUUCUGCAGUGGAAACUGCUUUGGUGUCAUCAUUACUUUUCAUGUACCGACGAAGAUUUGGGCAGUGCUAGACGACUUCACUGUUCGGCUCCGUGAGUUUUACGCACACUCUCGGUUUGGUCCUUGGUUACCAUAUGGCCAGGAGUCGGAGUAUAGUUUGCACCAUUUUUUCUGGCAGCCUAGGCUAGAUUCAAACUUUUAAGUUCCGUCACAAACACAAGACUGAUGAAUCUAUUGCUCGUAGCUCACAGUCAAACAACGGAGUUAAGUAUUCAUUAUGCAGGUGGAUGUCAGUCUCAGAAAUGCAUCUGAAUAUUUUCUUGAAC